CCGGCAGCAGGAGAGCUUCAGGAAAAGACAACUGCAGGGCAAGGGACGUGGUGUCACUCAGGAAGUGGGGGCUGGAGACCUGCUUGCUUGUAACUGAACAUGGCAGGGGAUGUGAAAAGAUUCUCACGGAGGCUGCUGGAGUGCAAUAGCAAUGACAAGCUAUGUGUUGUGCGUGAAUAUCAAACGGAAGUGAUCGUUGUCCCAGUUCUCCUGGUGGGAGUUUUUGUCAUUGUGCUCACUGUGAUCCUCUGGCUCCACUGCCGUGGCCUGCGAGCAAAGCAGGAGCAAUCAGCACCAGCCGGAACCCAAGUGACAAGAAAGAAUCCGCAGGAACCCUUCUCAACAGAGAACCGCUACAUCCAGCUGAGUGAGAGCUCUGUGGAGAGCCUGCUAAAUUCUGAAUCCUUGACUCUGAAAGAAUUAGAGAUACCACGAGAGAAACUCUUACCAGACAGCUUGGAGCUGAUAAAACUUGGUGCCUAUGGGAGCAUCUACAGAGCACAGUUGGAAACUGGGAUCUCUGGGAAGACUAAGGCUGUGGUGUUGAAAGCCUUGCAAGAUCCAGCUAGUCCUCAGAAAGUAAAGGAUUUCUUGGGAAGGAUUAAAUUCCAUCAAAAUCUUGGCCAUCAUGAGAACCUGGUUGAAUUGGUUGGGUGUUGUGUAGACCAGCUCCCACUUUAUAUGAUCAUGGAAGAUGUGUCUCUUGGUGAUCUGCUGACAUUUCUGUGGACAUGUCGGAAGGAUGUAAUGGCAAUGGAUGGCGUCCCCUAUGACCUCACUGAGAGACAGGUAUAUGAGGUUGGACAGCAGGUUGCAGCAGCUCUGGCUUAUCUUGAAGAAAAGAACUUGUUCCAUGGUGACAUUGCUGCCAGGAAUGUCCUUCUCCAUCACAACUUCACUGCCAAGCUCUGUGGUUUGGGCCUGGCCUACGAAACUCACACACACACUGCCAGCUCAGUCACACGGAAAGUGCCUGUCAAGUGGCAGGCACCAGAGAGGCUCCUGAGCAAACCUCCUACCACCAAGGCAGACAUAUGGUCUUUUGGAAUUCUACUGUAUGAAAUGAUUACAUUAGGUGCUCCACCAUAUCCUGAGGUGCCACCUUCUGACAUCUUAUCAUACCUGCAGAAGCAGAACAUUAUGAAGCAGCCCUCGAGCUGCCAGCAAACCAUGUACUGCAUCAUGAAGUCCUGCUGGCAGUGGAGUGCAGCUGACCGGCCUUCCCCAGCACAGCUCUUGUGCUCCCUGAAAACAGCCAUGAAGACCAGCAAUGGGCACACAGUGCUGCAGGUGCCUGAGCCAGUGGUGCCUGAACUCUAUGCUGAUGUUGCUGGUGUUGAUGUGCACAGCCUGGUGAGGGAAUACACAGUCCUCUGA